CGGGAAGCACCCAAUCCUGGUCUUAAGUCUCGCGGUAAAUCCAAACCCUUUCAUGUUCUUUGCUUUAGUCAAAACCUCUGACGAGAGACCAGAGAGGGAGACAGAGAGAGUCUCGGAUUUGCUUGCUUUUUAGCAAAUUCGUAGUUCUUUUAUGAUGCAGCGGUGGAGCAGAAAGAAAACCCACUUUCCUUUGCUGGUGGUUCUCUUACUAGUCUUCAUAGUUUUUACAGUCCUCUACAGCGAACGUAGCAUCCAGCGAAUCCAAGAAAACCCGGACCAUGUUCAUCAUCAUCAAGAAGCUUCGGUCACAUAUGUUAAGCCAAAUCGUUUAAACCCAGGUCAAGAGGUUUUGGAUAGAUUCAGUAAGUGCAACUCCACGAGGGAAUAUAGUGGUCGGAGAAUUGCAUGGGUUGACCGUCGCGCGGUGACGGGUCAACGGCGAGUGGCUUCGCAGAGCUGUGAUGUGUUCUCGGGCAAAUGGGUGUUUGAUAAUACUUCUCAUCCGCUGUAUAAUGAGUCGGAGUGUCCGUAUAUGUCGGACCAAUUAGCGUGUCACAAGCAUGGGAGGUCUGAUUUGGGGUACCAGUACUGGAGAUGGCAACCCCACAACUGCAAUUUGAAGAGAUGGAGUGUGACUGAAAUGUGGGAGAAGUUGAGAGGGAAAAGGCUAAUGUUUGUGGGGGAUUCUCUUAACAGAGGGCAAUGGAUAUCAAUGUUGUGUUUGUUACAGUCAGUGAUUCCGGCAAAUAAGAGAUCCAUCACGCCAAAUGCUCCUCUUACCAUUUUCAGAGCAGAGGAGUAUAAUGCAACUGUGGAAUUUCUCUGGGCCCCGUUACUUGUUGAAUCUAAUUCUGAUGACCCUGUGAAUCACAGAUCGGAUGAACGGAUAAUCCGUCCUGAUUCAAUCCUUAAGCAUGCAUCGCAGUGGGAGCAUGCUGACAUACUAGUUUUCAACACAUACUUGUGGUGGCGACAAGGCCCGGUUAAGCUGUUAUGGAGCACUGACAAAAAUGGGGUUUGUGAAGAAUUAGAUGGGCUGGGAGCCAUGGAAUUGGCCAUGGGGGCAUGGGCAGACUGGGUGGCUUCUAAAGUUGAUCCCCUCAAGAAGCGAGUCUUUUUUGUUACCAUGUCCCCGACGCAUCUCUGGAGUCGAGAAUGGGAACCAGGAAGUGAAGGCAAUUGCUAUAAUGAGAAAAACCCAAUAGAUUUGGAAGGCUACUGGGGAAGUGGUUCCGACUUGCCUACAAUGAGCGUGGUGGAGAAGGUCCUCAGUAGGUUAAGUUCAAAGGUUUCAGUUCUCAAUAUUACUCAACUCUCGGAGUAUCGGAAAGACGGCCACCCUUCGAUCUACCGCAAGUUUUGGGAGACACUGAGGCCACAACAACUGUCGAACCCUGCAAGUUACUCUGAUUGCAUACAUUGGUGCUUGCCUGGUGUACCUGAUGUGUGGAAUGAGUUACUAUUCCAUUUUUUGUAAAAAAUAUAUGUAUACUAGAAAGGUCUUCUUAGUUGGUUUCAUAUAGAGAAUUAACAAUGGAAGAGGGGAUUUUGAGUUUUGAUCCUGCCAACGCCAAUGUGUUGAUGCUUCCAUUCUUAAGGGAAGUGGUUGCUUGUAACAAGAUAUUCGGUUAAUUUGUUCGGUCCAAAUAUUAAAGAUUAAGAUUUCGGCUCCAA